AGUCCAUUACAUAGGAUGAAAGUAUGAUAUACUCUGUGUACAUAAUCAACAAAGCAGGGGGAUUGAUUUAUGACGAAGAUUUCUCUUGGACUAAACAUACUGAAGAGCAUACAUGGCAAGAGCAUCCUAUACCUUUAGUCUUCACCGGUGAUACUGGAAGAGUACUUGUUAAGUUUGGGGAGCUUGGCACAAUAAAACCAGGAUAUUCAGUGAUAGCUGUUAAUAGACAACCAGUGACUGGUACUAUGGGGCCCACAGAGAGGCCUAUCGUGGAGAUGAUUAAUGAUCCUGAGUGCUAUCCAUUGAGCCUCACAUUUGGCAAAGGAAAAGUUGGAGCAAACGAAAAACUUAUGUUAGCGAGCAUGUUUCAUUCCCUGUUUGCAAUUUCCUCUAAAAUCUCACCUAUUGAGGGUAGCUCUGGUAUUCAGCAGCUCAUCACGGAUGAAUUUAGUUUGGACUGUUUUCAGACAAUAACAGGAGUGAAAUUUUUUGUGAUAGUGGACCACAAACAAACGGCAUGCGAGCCAUUACUGCAUAGAAUAUACGAGUUAUACACUGACUUUGUCCUCAAAAAUCCAUUUUAUCUUAUUGACAUGCCUAUAAGAUGUGACUUAUUUGAUCAGAACCUAAAACGAGUUAUAGAGCAGGUUGAAAGAGCUAGUGCAUACAGCAGUGCUACUUUAGCCUGAAUCUUACUUCUUCAACAUAAGUUGAAAUAUUUUUAAUGGAGCAGAGGACAGAUCAAAUUGAGAAGAUAGAGAACUGAUAAUGUUAAACUUCUUUCUGUUGUAGCUUAUUUUCUGUUAUGACCUGUUUAUGGAAAUGAGUUAUCUAAGCUGAGUUAUAUCAGUUCAUGAUUUGAGAUGAUCAUGUUAACUUGAUUUUAUGUUCUGAAAUUGGAAGUUUACAAAUUGAAUUGUGUGACAUUGAAUUCUUGAUAAAUUGCUUUAACUUUUUGGUUGCAUGUUAUCGAUCUACUUAGUCUUUUAAGAAACUUAAUUUUCAUGUAAA